ACUCGGAGGGUUAUGAGAUAUCAGCCGAAAAAGUGUGGUAGCUUUGGCUAGUUAUCCAGAAAGGUCCUGACAACGAAAGGGAUGUCCCAACGAAAGCAUUAGCAGAGAAGAUGAUGACGACGAGCUUCUCUUCUCAUCCUCCUCCUCCUCCUACAUCAUCAACUUCCAGAUCCCUACUCCUCUUCCCUUCAUCUCACCUCAAACUCCCUCCUCGUCUUCUCUUACAUGGCCGCUCUACACUCUCCUGCUCCGCCGCCGGCACCAACAACGGACCUCCUCCCGCCGGCGACUCUGUUCCAAAUAACUUCUGUAUCAUUGAGGGAUCAGAGACGGUCCAAGACUUCGUGCAGAUGCAGCUUCAGGAGAUACAAGACAACAUUAGGAGCAGACGCAACAAGAUCUUUCUCCUCAUGGAGGAAGUCAGGAGGCUACGCGUUCAGCAACGGAUCAAGAGUGUUAAAUCCAUCAGCGAGGAUGAGAACACUGUCCUCGAGGCGACGGAGAUGCCUGAGAUCCCUUCUUCCAUUCCUUUUCUCCCUAACGUGACGCCAAAGACUUUGAAACAACUCUACUUGACCAGUGUGGCUUUGAUCUCUGGAAUCAUUUUCUUUGGUGGUUUGAUUGCGCCUAAGCUUGAGCUUAAGGUAGGACUAGGUGGAACCUCGUAUGAAGAUUUCAUAAGGAGCUUGCAUUUACCCUUGCAAUUAAGCCAAGUAGAUCCCAUUGUGGCAUCAUUUUCUGGGGGAGCGGUUGGUGUUAUUUCAACCUUGAUGCUAAUUGAAGUUAACAAUGUUAAACAACAAGAGAAGAAGAGGUGCAAGUACUGCCUUGGGACUGGAUACUUGCCAUGCGCUAAAUGUUCUGCUAGUGGUGUGUGCUUAAGCAUUGAUCCAAUAAAACGAACUAGAGCUUCGAGCCUGCUUCUGCAAGCUCCGACAACGGAAAGGUGUCUGAACUGUUCCGGCGCAGGAAAGGUGAUGUGUCCGACAUGUCUAUGCACUGGGAUGGUCACAGCUAGUGAGCACGACCCACGAUUUGACCCUUUCGACUAGAAAACGAUCUCAGUUUACUUUUCGAAUUAAGGGUUUUUGUAUGUACAUUUGUUCUUCAAAAGCCUAAGCCAAGACUCUGUACUGAAGAAAGCCAUAUAAAUGUUUACAUAGUCAAGAAAAAUAGGAUUUAUAGCUUUUUGCCAAAGCAUAGUUACAUAGUGAAGUUCAGAAAUCCCUUGACACAUUAUUUGAUAAAGCGAAUUUCUUUCAUA